AUGUCGACACCGACUUUGGCUGAGAAGCUGGACAAGAUCAAGUCCCCUGGUCUGCAAGGUCAGCAGAGGAAUGCCGUUGUCCUCCAAGCUGUUGAAUCAACACUCAAAGAACAAGACGCCUCACCGACACCGACCGGUUAUUUUGCCGCUCUUCUAGCUUUAUUGCAACAGGCAAUCAGCAAUGGAAAUGUGAAUGUAGAAUUGGCCUCGCCCGUGGUCUAUCUUUUGGACGUCGUCACACCGUUUGCCCCGCAGCCUCUGCUUCGAUCCAAGUUUACGCAAAUCCUUACACUUCUCGCGCCUGUAUUAUUACUGCAAGAUGCCGAAGCUAUUCUGCUUAGAACAUCAAUUGGAUGCUUGGAAUCGCUACUUCUAGCCCAGGAUGCGCCGUCGUGGGAGCUCUCCGUCUCGCAAAUUGGACCUCGCCGUGCUGUCGCCGGCCUGCUCAACCUUUCUCUCGACCACCGACCAAAGAUCCGAAAGCGAGCCCAGGAUGCUUUGAAGAACGUCCUCAAGAACCCUCCUCCUAGUCCCUCGCUGGACCACCCGGCUGCCGACAUGUGUGCCCAGACGGCGCUAAAGAACUUGGAGGACCUCGCAGGCAAGGCUGCCGAAUCACGCAAGGGCAAGAAAUCGUCCGACUCUGCCCAUGACCCAGCCUUGAUCCAUGCCCUUCAGCUGGUCAAGACUGUUGCCACGGCGAGCGGCGGGUGGCCCAGCACCAAGAUUGAAUCCUUGUGUGAACUGUUGUUGGGCAUUGCCAAGACUGGCAAUGAGUACAUGACGAUGGCUGGUUUCGAAAUUUUCGAGCUGAUUUUUGAGAGCAUGAGCGCCGAGGUUUCUUCAUCCAAACUCCCACGACUUAUGGAGAUUAUUUCAGAAUUACGGCCUGCCGCCAACGACACCCAGCUGGUUCCAGCUUGGCUGGCCAUUUUGUCCCGUGGAUUCGACGUUUCUGCCCAGGUUGAGCCAGACGAGACUUUCCUAAAGUUGCCCGAGCUAUUCGCCAUGAUUGCGCCAUUUCUCGAGUCGCACUCGGAAAAUAUUCGAAUUUCAGCUUCUGAGUGUUUGGUGUCGUUCAUGGCCAACUGCAUUCCUCAACAGGUCAUCCUCGGUCCGUCUAUAUAUGAGGAGAAGAUUUUGGAUAAGAUUACCAAGACAGCGGAGUCAUUGCUCACAGUCCAAUAUCAGGCCGCUUGGUUGCAGACCUUCAAUGUACUUGGUGCCAUGUUCACGGCUUUCCGAUGGCAGUCCUACCCGAGAAUGAUGAAUAUUACCAAAACCAUUGGUGAAAUUCGUGAAAACUCAUCCUUCAGAAACAAGAAGGAAGCCGACGAAAUCCUUGGACAGGCUGUACAAGCCAUGGGACCUGAAGCUGUCCUAACGGCCCUGCCACUAAACAUUAUCAAACCGGUCAAGGGACACGGAGGACGAGCAUGGAUGUUUCCCAUCCUGCGUGACUAUGUCAGCAACACCGAGUUGGACCACUUCAAGACGGAAAUGGUUCCCCUCAGCGAACUCAUGUUCCAGAAGGUUUUGGAUCAUGGUCCAGCCGACAAAACCAUGGAGGUGAAGAUUUACGAGACCCUCGUGCAGCAAAUUUGGGCUACCCUUCCGGGGUACUGCGACCUGCCCUUGGAUCUAAUGGAAGCUUUUGACCAGGGCUUCGCUGAGAUGCUCGCCAAUCUCUUGUAUAAGCAAGUCGAACUACGCUUGGACAUCUGCCGAGCCCUCAAGACACUGAUCGAAUCAAAUCAGGCCAUUGCAGGUAUUGGAGAGGAGGAGGAGGAUUUUAUGCUCCAAAGCAGAGUCUCCCGCGAUACGGCCAAGAAGAACCUCACAUAUCUUGGACAGUUCGCCGGCAACAUGCUUGCUGUCUUGUUCAACGUGUACACACAAACUCUGCCGCAAAGCAGAGGCCCCAUCCUCCAAACCGUCAAUGCAUUUCUCAGCAUCACGGCUCCUCAGGAAGUUAUCGACACCUUUGAUCGCGUGAGCAAAAUGCUGGCUGCGGAGCUCGAGAACGCCCAAAAGCCUGAGGAGAAGGAAAAGGAAAAGGGCCAAAAGUCAAAAGACCAUAUGCCCUCCACCGCCCAGACUCUGAUGGAUCUUGUCAUUACCAUGUCGGCUUAUCUCCCCCGGGAUAGCUUCGCCGCGCUGUUUGAGAUUGCCACAGUUAUUAUCUACAAGGACAACGAACCUCAACUGCAGAAGAAGGCAUACAAACUGAUUCCUCGCCUGGCCACUUCCGAGCUUGGAAAAGCUGCUCUUCAGGAGAAAAAUGCUGAGUUGCAGCAGCUUAUUCUGUCCAGCUCCGAGAAAGUGUCCGCUCCGGCACGACGUGAAAGGUUGGCAGCCAUCUCCGCUCUGCUUCCAUUCACAUCCGAUGAGUCGCUGCACUUCAUUCCCUCUGUACUCAGUGAAGUUGUCAUCUGCUGCAAGGAGAACAACGAACGUGCUCGAGAGACUGCUUACGACUUACUCGUCCAAAUGGGCGAGCGCAUGGUUGCUGCCAACGGCGCCAAGAUUGACAACAGCAAGGUUCCUCACAUGCCUCAAGACGCACCAGCGGGAACCGCCAACAUUGAAGAAUACUUCACAAUGGUCAGCGCCGGUCUCGCCGGCAGCACUCCGCACAUGAUUUCAGCAUCCAUCACCGCCAUCAGCCGCCUUCUCUAUGAGUUCCGGUCAUCCCUCACCGAGCAGACGCUCUCUGAUCUCGUCCAAACCAUGGACCUCUUCCUCACCUCCAACAACCGCGAAAUCGUCAAAAGCUGUCUUGGCUUUGUCAAAAUCUGCGUCAUCAGUCUCCCCGUAGAGCUCAUGAUCCCCCGACUAUCCACCCUUGUCCCCAAUCUCAUCAUCUGGAGCCGUGAACACAAGGGCCACUUCAAAGCCAAAGUCAAGCACAUUCUCGAGCGCAUGGUCCGCCGCUUCGGCUAUGACCUCAUCCACAAGAACUGCCCCGAGGCCGACCGCAAACUUGUCGUCAACAUCCGCAAGACCAAAGAACGUACCAAGAAGAAGAAGGACGCCUCUCGCGCCGGCCAGGACGACGAAGGCAGCGACGUCUCCGACGACGAACAACCCAGCAAGCGCCAGUACGAAAACGAGUACGACCAAGCACUCUACAGCAGUGACUCCGACUCGGCAGCCUCAGAUGACGACAAUGCACCCCGGCAAAAGAAGAAGUCCCAAAAGGGCGGCAAGACAUACAUCAUUGAAGACGAUGACGAGCCCCUCGAUCUUCUCGACAAGAAAGCCCUCGCAAACAUCUCAUCCACCAAACCCCUCAAGAACCGCAAGCCAACCAAAUCCAAAGCCAAGUUCGACAUGGACGGCAAACUCAUCCUCGGCCAAGACAGCGACGAUGAAAACGCACCUGCAGAAGAUGGCAUGGAUAUUGACAAGCCUGAACCUUCUGGCGUAGGCGCCUACGUCGCCGCCCUCAAGGGUAAAGACGCAGCGACGCGCGGUAGAGGCGGCAAGCUCAAGUUUUCAAAUCGCCGGUCCAAGGAUGGCGAUGACGUAGAGGACAUGGACGAGGAUGAUGCCGCCAUGAUCAAAAACAAGAUUAGUCCCGGGCGCGGCGACAGAGGCAAUAGAUUCAGAGGUAGAGGUGGAAGAGGUGGAAGAGGUGGACGAGGCGGAUUUGGCGGACAGAGUGGCAAGGGUGGUAUAUCAGCGGGUAGGAGGGGUCUAGGCGUUGACAAGAGACACGGUGCUCCGGGACAAGGGGUUGGAAAGGGACGACGAGGACGGAAUUGA